CCCACCUCGCCCCCCAGACCAGCUGCUCCCUACAGAGACCCUGAGGAGCCCCCGCUCCCCGCGCUGCACGGGGAGUGUGGGGAGAGCCGCGGCCCCCCUAAACCCUGAACCGCUGGGCUCCGCCUCCCCCCCCCCGCACGCCCGCGCUUGGUACGCUCCGAGCGGCCCCGCCGCCGGCGCGGGGGUGGGCGGGGACGCCCAGGGUCCCGUGGCUCGCGCUCAUUGGCCAGGCGCGGCGGGGCUCGGCCAAUCAGAAAAAAAUCCCCCGCGCGACGCCGCUGGGCCGGCGGCUGUUGCUAAGGGAGGGGCGGCGCGGGCGAGGGGAGCGCCCCGCUCGGCCCCGCGGGGACGCCCGACACGAGCCGGACUCGUCGCCUUGCCCCGCUCCCCUCGUCCCGCGCGCCUCGCCCGCUGCUUUGUGCCCGCAGCGCCUCCCCCGGCCCCUUCCCCCUCACAAACCCCGCCCCGAGCCGUCCCUCCCUUCACACUUCGCCCUCACGGCGCCCAGCCAAUCAGCGACGCCUCCUUUGCGCGCCUCAUCUCUGAUUGGCCGAUGCCACCGCUAAAAAGCAGCAGCUAGGGAGAGAGGCGUGGCUUCGUCAAUCUCUGCCUUCUGAUUGGCUGGCGGCGCGGCCUUGCGGCCUAUAGAAUGCGGCUGCCGGGAAGGGGCGGGGCUAACGCUGCUGAGGCGAAGGAAAAAGGCGGGAAGGCGCCGGAGCUCCUGAGGGGCUUUUGCCGCCUUUCCCUGUCUUGGCAGCAGAAAAUCAAUUCAGCUCCUUAAAUCUUACUAAAAUACAACAGAAAAGGAAAGCUUAAGCUUCAGAGAAACCUUUGAUCCCGCAGCAUGAGUGGGGCAGAGAGAAGACACCGUUGGGCAGGCGUUCCUCUCCGGGGUCUCUGACAAGGACCUGCUGGCCAUGGAACUGAUGGCUGCCCCCCCGCCCUCAGCAGGGCAGAAGUGGCAGCUGAGGUGCAGCCGGGCCCAGCCCUCGCCCCACGGCACCUGCCGGGGCUCCGGGCCCCCAAAACGGGGUGAAAAGAGGCCAUUUCUGCCAACUUCACCCCAAAAGCCAUGGCGGAGCCGCCCGUGGUGCCGGUGUUCUGCACCGGCGUCUCGGCGCAGGUGCGGCGGCAGCGGGCCAAGGAGCUGGGGCUGGGCCGGCACGACAACGCCGUGCGCUACCUGGGCCAGGAUUUCGGGCAGCUGGCCGAGGAGUGCCGGCGCUCCGGGACCCUGUUCCGGGACCCCGCCUUCCCCCCGGCCGCCACCUCCCUCGGCUUCCGCGAGCUGGGCCCCGGCUCCUCCAAAACCCGCGGCGUGCAGUGGAAGAGGCCCACGGAGCUGUGCCCGCGCCCGCAGUUCAUCGUGGACGGCGCCACGCGCACCGACAUCUGCCAGGGAGCGCUGGGUGACUGUUGGCUGCUGGCGGCCAUCGCCUCGCUGACGCUCAACGAGACCCUCCUGCACCGCGUGGUGCCGCACGGGCAGAGCUUCCAGCAGGGCUACGCCGGCAUCUUCCACUUCCAGAUCUGGCAGUUCGGCGAGUGGCUGGACGUGGUGGUGGACGAUUUCCUGCCCACCAAGGACGGGAAGCUGCUCUUCGUGCACUCGGCUGAGGGCUCCGAGUUCUGGAGCGCGCUGCUGGAAAAGGCCUACGCCAAGGUGAACGGCUGCUACGAGGCGCUGUCGGGCGGCAGCACCUCCGAGGGCUUCGAGGACUUCACGGGCGGCGUCACCGAGUGGUUCGACCUGCGCCGGCCCCCGGCCGACCUCUACCAGAUCAUCCUCAAGGCGCUGGAGCGCGGCUCCCUGCUCGGCUGCUCCAUCGACAUAACGAGCGCCUUCGACAUGGAGGCGGUGACCUUCAAGAAGCUGGUGAAGGGCCACGCCUACUCGGUGACCGGCGCCAAGCAGAUCCCGUACCGCGGGCAGGCCCUGGAGCUCAUCCGGAUGCGCAAUCCCUGGGGAGAGGUGGAGUGGACGGGCGCCUGGAGCGACGGCUCGGCCGAGUGGCACGCGGUGGAGCCGGCGCUGCGCCAGCAGCUCAUGGUCAAGAUGGAGGAUGGGGAGUUCUGGAUGUCCUUCCGGGAUUUCCUGCGGGAAUUCACCCGCCUGGAGAUCUGCAACCUCACGCCGGACGCGCUGCAGUCCCGCAAGUUCCGCAAGUGGAACACGCGGCUCUACGACGGGACGUGGCGGCGCGGCAGCACCGCCGGCGGCUGCCGCAACUACCCCGCCACGUUCUGGAUCAACCCCCAGUUCAAGAUCCAGCUGGAGGAGGUGGACGACGACAGGGACGAGGACGGCGGGCGGGAGCCGGGCUGCAGCUUCCUGCUGGCGCUGAUGCAGAAGCACCGGCGCCGCGAGCGCCGCCACGGCAAGGACAUGGAGACCAUCGGCUUCGCUGUCUAUGAGGUCCCUCCCGAGUACGUGGGGAGGUCGGGCGUGCACCUGAAGCGGGAGUUCUUCCUGGCCAACGCGUCGCGCGCGCGCUCCGAGCAGUUCAUCAACCUGCGCGAGGUCAGCACGCGCUUCCGGCUGCCGCCCGGCGAGUACAUCGUGGUGCCCUCCACCUUCGAGCCCAACAAGGAGGGCGACUUCGUGCUCCGCGUCUUCUCCGAGAAGAGAGCCGGCACCGAGGAGAUGGACGACAAGAUCCAGGCCACGCUGCCGGACGAGAAAGUGCUGGGCGAGGGCGAAAUCGAUGAGAACUUCAAGCAGCUCUUCAGGCAGCUGGCGGGGCCGGACCUGGAGAUCAGCGUCACCGAGCUGCAGACCAUCCUCAACCGCAUCAUCGCCAAACACAAAGAUCUGCGCACCAAGGGCUUCAGCACCGAGUCCUGCCGGAGCAUGGUGAACCUGAUGGACAAAGACGGGAACGGGAAACUGGGACUGGUGGAGUUCAACGUCCUCUGGAACCGCAUCCGCAACUACCUGAGCAUCUUCCGCAAGUUCGACCUGGACAAGUCGGGCUCCAUCAGUGCCUACGAGCUGCGCCUGGCGCUGGAGGCCGCAGGGUACCGGCUGAACAAGAGGCUGCACGAGCUGCUCAUCACCCGCUACGCCGAGCCCGACCUGGCCCUGGACUUCGACAGCUUCGUCUGCUGCCUCGUGCGCCUGGAGACCAUGUUCCGGUUUUUCCAAGCCAUGGAUGUGGACCAGGACGGCGUCGUCACCUUCGACCUGCUGCAGUGGCUCCAGCUCACCAUGUUCGCCUGACCGGACCCUCCAAGUGCCUUCCACGACCCCGCGCCGGUUUUUUCCCUUUUUUUGGCUUUUUUCGGCAGAAAAGGCUGGAGGGAGGGGUGGGGUGGGGGUCACACGGGACCCCCCCGAGCUUUGCCAAAGCCCCCUGUCCCUCCCCCGCCUCACGCUCGGCCCUUUUGGGGCAAAUCCUCCGGAUUUUGGUGCCUCUUGUGCUGACGGAGCCCCGGCCGUCGCCCUUCGCUUCAGGGAUCUGCUGCCCCCGGGUGCCAUACAGUGAUUUUUUUAUUGUAUAAAUUAAAAAUGAGAUAAAAACCAAAGAAAAAAAAAAUUUAAGUCAAAA